AUUCUGUGAUAGCGUAAGGGAGCUACUUGAAUGUGUGAUCCACAUCAUUGGUGUGGCUGCCUUGGUGUACUUAGAGCUCAGCAUUUCUGUGUGUAUGGAAAUAAAAGCUCUGUUACCUAUUGUGAUCUACAGCUUGCAGAUGUUAACUGCCCAGGUUCUGAUCUAGUGACUUCCAGCUAAUUUAGAGCUGGUUGACUCAUUCAUAAGGUUUAGAAUGUGUUGGGCAGAAGGAUUCAUGCCACCAUAGGUGAAUCUGGGUGACUGGUCUUGGUGACUGAGAUUACUUAGUGAAGGUGGAUAAGGUCAACCCCAGGAAUACCACAGCUGUAGAGGUCUUCUGUGAGGCAUAAUAAAGAAAAAUUAAAGAGUAGUAGAGAAUUCUAGAGAGGUUUUAAGAGGGUUAGGGUAAGAUUUCGAGAUGAAGAGGAAGUUUAGCUAUAUUGGGGGGGGGGGGGGAAGGAAUAUUUUAAAGCAACUUCAGAAAUUAUAAGACUUUUAUCAAAGGUGCUUUUGCUUGAAUGAGAAUGUAAAGAGAUUCUUGAGAUGAAUUUGAAGAAUACUGCACAAUGACUGUAAGAGUUAUCUGAAGCUUGCCGAAAGUAAGGAAUAUUAGGAAGUUGACUUCUUAAUUUUGCAGCUAGGUUCAUCUGGGUGAUAGGUUUAGUGCUGGAUACUCAGCAUUUAGUUAAACUUACUUUUGUUCAUCUGUGUGGUAGUUUUGUUUGGGUAGUAGAAAGACACUUGUGUAAGGCUAGGACUUAUGAUUAAUGGAGUGGAUGUUUUAAUAGAGUUCUUUGCUUUAUGCGUGCUUGGACUUUUUAGGCAGAUGUGUAAUUAAAAGUAACUGUUUAAGUGUAUGAUUUCCUUCAUUUGGUAAGUUCCUAAGCAAAACCAAACACCAUUCGGUGGUCAUGUAUUGGGUGUAGGAGGCUAAGUCUAGAAUUCCUGCAAGGAUUUUGAGGCAAUAAUCGAGUAUAAGGGAACUUCAGGUGUCUAAAAGAGCUUGUUCAAGUGUCUGAAGGCUGUAGUGAAUGUAUUAGCUGUAAAAGCUGAAAUUGCAUUUCAGGCCGUGAUUACCGAGCAAUGUGGCAUACAGGAGAUGAGCUGGUUAAAUACAAUAGAUUUUUGAAGUGUAAAAGUGAGUCUAAGGAGGUUUGGUUCUUUGCUUAGUAACUCAGCUGGUUAAAUAUCUUUUGCUGACAGAGGACUAUUCCAUGUUCAGUUCUUGACCUACUCUGGCAAUGCUUCUUUAUUUCAGUUCAAGGGUGUCUGACCGCAGUGAAGCUGAGCAGUCAAAGAGUGGAAGACACUGGAUUACUUUCAGCUUAGGUGUUGGAGUAGGUUACAAGGUCCUGAAACUGCUUAAAAUAAAACUUGUGUUUCUGGAAACUUUUUUUUAUCUGUAUAAGAUAUUCACACUGUUGUAACAAACUCUGUGCUUGAAACUAAUCAAUCUGUACUGAGUUUUGCGUUAAUAUCAAGUUAGAUUGUUUAGUCUAUCCAACCUGAUAGUGCUUUUACACAUAUCUUUGCAUAACUGCAACUUGAGAGAGAUGAAGUACUGGACUUGGCAGCCAUUUUUCCUGCUUACCAGGGGAAGAGGAGUGUGGAUUUUGAAAGCUAAUGUGACUUUCUAUUUUGGAAAGAUCAUGAAGGUCAUGUUUUAGUAUGUUGCUAACCAGCUUGCUUUAAAAAAAAUUACAAAUCUAGUGAGAAUGACUGAUUUUUUUAGAUGAUACAGUGAUUCUGUGUGUUUUUUCCAGCAAUAUUAGAAUAGUCCAAACCCAAAUGGUUUCCUUCUUUCAGUCUCCUAUUAAAUCUGUUUAUGAUGAUUCAGCUUUUCUGCCUCUUUUGAGUUAUUAAUAUAAUUUUUGCCAGCAAAGCUGCAGCCUGGGUACCUUAUUUAAGACUUUGUCUUCAUUAGGCCUGUUGCAUCUUUCCUGUAGUGUCUGAAAUAGUCAGAGCAUCUGACAGGCACUUGUACUGGAUCUAGCUGCAUUCUCUUUGUGUGGUGUUUCUUCUGCAAAGUAGAUGACUUACUGUAACCAAAAAAAUGUCUUAAUGCUUAUGCAGUAGUCACUAGACACUGAUCUGCAGAAAUGCUGCUUUCUUGUUGACAGGCUGAAGACCAUACUAGUAGGGAUCUUAUCCAGCCGUUUUUCAUCACCAGUGAGGAAAGGAAGGGGAAUAUGUAAAAUGAACAGAGUUCGUGUGGGUAUUCAUUGAACUGUCCCCGUUUCAAAAUGCCUGUGAAGGCUAACCAGUAUGUUUGCAGGUGGAUGUGUUUAAAGAUUCAGUGUGCUUCCUGGUUUUUCUUCUUUGGACAAGUCAUUUCCAGAAAAAAUGAAAGAGGAAAUGUCUGUCAAUAAAGAUAAGCUGUCUUGUGCUUAGGACAGCAUUCUCUUUAGGGGAGGAUGCACUGUAAGAGUGUACUUUAUGAGUGGAGAGUCUAUGUACUGUAAGAGUAGAGAGACGUUACUUCUUGACGCAACAUUUCUGUUUCGGACUGUAGGUUUUAAUUCAGUGCUGAAGUGGAAGAUGGAGGUCAUAGUUAUAAAAACAUCUGUCUUCAAGCCUUAAAAAAAUGAUGUGCCUCCUGCAAAACUUAUUAAAAGCUUGAAUUGGAAAAUAAUUCUUCCUUGAGAGCAUUUUUUCAAAGCUUAACGUUAUUCUGUUGGCUUUUGGUGGCUGGUUAUUAUUCAACUCAUUUUACUGGUGAGGCUUCAGAUAAAAACUUUAUAUACAGUUAUUCUGAAGAUUAACUACAUGAAGUGUACAACUUGUACUCUAUCACUUUGAAAACAGUAAAGUGCUGCAAUUCUUCAGGACACAGUUGUUCCAGAAUAACUUUUAUGUAUGCCAGAAAAUAGGAGUGCCUCAGAGAUGGAGUGUUAGUAUUAAUCUAGUUGUAAUAGAUUGUGUUGUAACUAACUUAACAAGGGCCAGAGUUCUUCAAAGUUUAAAAGGGAGUGUUGAUUGAAUGUAAUAAAAUGUACAUCUGUCAUCUAAUAGGCCUAUCUUUUUGUGUCCUGGAGUAAAGUAAAAGCAGAGUAGAUUUCCUCACUUGCCUGUCUUUUUGUGGGGAAGAUGUUAUUUUUCUCUUCCCUGUUGAAUGAAAAGACAUUUGUGGCUUUCUUCUAGUUAUUAUGGGCACACUGCUAUCCAGUGUAAGUCACAGGAUGAGUGCAUAGCCAGUCUCCCACUCUUUAGCAAGUUCAAACCCAGGUUGCUCAAGGUAACUUGUUAACAUCUAGCUCUAGGUCAAGCAAAACAUGAGCUGGUGCCUAAAGAUGCUACUUGAAUGUAACAAAUAAGAUCAAAAAGGCAUCCUAUCAUACCACUAAUAUAAAAACGCUUCUUUGCUGUAAAGAUUUGUAUCAUGUAAGUUUAAGUGAUGGCUGUUCCUCUAUGCUUGUAUGAGUACUUUAAAACCCAUAAAGACUUUUUGUAUUACUCUUUUUCUUCUCAAGUGAAUUCAGGAUAUGUUUAGGUUGGAGACUGGUGACUGAUAACAUUGAAGCUUAAGGUGAGCACCAGAGGAUGAAGAAGGUCUAGGGAGCACAGGGAGUGUUUCUCAGAGUUGAAUCCAUAGAAUCACAAAGGUUGGAAAAGACCUCCAAGAUCAUUAAGUCCAACCAUCAUCCCACACCCACCAUGCUCACAAACCACGUCCCUCAGUGCCACAACCACAGACUGCUCUCCCACUGGGAAUGCUGCGUGAGUUGGUGCCCUUGGCCACUACAUGUGAGCAAAGAAAGAGCCAACCAAGAUGAGAUAGCACCUACAUCAAUGAGGAGAAGAAUGCAAUUACUUGCUGAAAAAUCCUGUUGCAAGAAACUAUACUCAGAAGUUAGCUUUUCUUCUGUAAGUAUCUUGAUGUUUCUCAGUAAAUUUGGAACUUUGAAAGGUUAGAUUCCAUAUAUGGCUUGUUAAGUGUUUGAUGGCACUAACUCUUUAGGCAGUGAUGUUUUCAAGCAAAAGUUGAUGCUGAACUAAAUCCUGGCAUAGCUGACUUCUGAGCUUAAGGUAGUGGAAGCUUCAGGCAAAGAAGGAAAGAAUUUUAACAAAUCAUAAGAGCAGGAGCAUGUCGCAUUGAAGAAGGUGUGGCAGUUCACAGGAGGCUUUUGGGAUUGCAUCAAAGCAGGUAACUGUCAAGGUUAUUUCUUGAAGUGUACGAGCAGAUAAGAUAAGAUCCUUACAUGCAAAUAGUAAUGUGAUAAAAGAAAGUGCCAUAAUUUGAAGGCAAAUGUGACUUCAUAUGCAACAGCAAUUCAUAUGUAUUACCAAACUAUAAGUAGUUAACUCAUCAGACAGAUGGUAUAUAAGAAAUGACACAGCUGAAUUCAUUCAAAUAAACGUGAGUUUCCUGUUAGAUCUUUUCAUGUUAAGUAAACCAAAGUGGAUAUAUCCACUGGUUAAAUUUUAUUAGGGGAAAAAAAAAUCAAACCUAGAUACAAAUAUAAGUGUAAAGUUUGCUUAACAUGUGAAAUACAGUAUAGGUUAUUGCAUGAAAAAUAGUUAGUUUGAAAAACUGUAUUUGUAGAUCAGUUUCUUGAUAUCUGCUAAGGUCUGAACUCUUAUACACAAGAAAUUGAAUGUAUACAUAUUUAUUGAAACUUAAGAUUUACUUAAGUUGAAUAGAACAAUCUUAGCUAAUGCAAAAGACUCCAGAAAGUCAACCACAGACAUCUGGAAUGUGUGUAACAUCCAAAAGGAGCUGUUGUACACAAGUUUUCUGGGCUGAUAGUAGAAGCCAAAAAGUGUUCUUCAGUGGUUAUCUGAUGUAUUUGCUUUGAAGCAUGCAAGAAGUCCUCAAUGCAAUAUGUAAGGUCUUGUCCAGAAGCUGAGCUUAUUUUGCUUGAGAAAAUUAACAGCAGACUGCUGAUCUCGUUAUUAAAUGGGAUUUUUGAAGACAGUGAAGCAGACUUCCUGGCUUUGCAAGCUUUCAAGAAAUAUUUCUUAUGUGAUUGAUCUCUAGUGUUUGGAAAGUGUUGAGGUGCCCGCUCCCUGACCACCUGGAAGUAGUCACGUGCAUGCAUGUUUGUGGGAGAGCUGUCACUUCAAAGAUAGAAACUGACAGCAGUGGAAGUUGUAGGUGGAAUAGAAAUAGCUUUUUGUAUAGUACUCCCUUGCAUGAGAGUCAUCUGGCCAGGAGGAUCAGAAGUAUAGGUGUAGUAUCUUGACUUUCCUCAGACUGGCUAUAGUGUUUCAUCUUUAAUUCACUUAAUUCACCAAAUUACUUAAGCUUUCUAGGAGAGAACACUGGGGAAGCACCAAUUUCCUUGUUCCUUGGGGCUUUAUUAUUGAAAUAAGUAGUCAAGGUUGGCAUUAUGUAAGAAGAGUUAACGUUGUUUGUUUUUUAAACCGUUCUGAUUAAAAACAAAAGCAAACCAAACAAAACUGAGCCACCACUCUGCUCUGGUCCCGUCAAGUCUUCCAUGCCUUAAAUUUUGCCUGCACUUGCAGCUUUCUGUAGAUUUAAACUGUAAAUAUGAGCCAAGGUUCAUGUUGCUGUAGCAGAUACUUGGCAAACAGAAUGGCAGCUGUAGUAGAUGUGUGUGCAGCUGCAGGGGUUUAUGUGAAAACACAGGCUGCAGAACUGGAAUGUGUCUAAGUUUAUUAAAACGGGCCUCUUACUGGCCUUCAGAUGUUAUUGCACUCAGGCUUGGUUUGCUGCAGGGAAGGCUCCCUGCGAGGGAAGACAUGUAAGAGUGACAAACAUAACAGAUAUUCCCUGCCUGCAGCAUGUCAUUCUCCAGAGAAAUGAUGCUUUCAUAAAGCAGUUCUUGAAGGGAUUCCUUGGGCUAUGUUCCCUUUCCUAAUUUCCAGGGGCCUAACUGUAAUUUACUGCUGGCUUCAGAAGCUUUCUUACCUCGUGCUGGGGUGAUGGGACUGUGUAGCCUCUGCAGCGACUGCUGCAGCACAGAGGGAGGGGACCUCCUGGUGUUGCCUAAGGGGAUGGUGCUGAGUUAGUAGCCAGAAGUCCAGCUCAAGUGGGCUUUGAGGAAUUACUGUAUAGACAAUGUCCUUAACACCAUAAUGCUACGUGAACCUUAUUGCGUGCCUGCUCCAAGUCUUGGAAGAACUUCACAGCCCGUAAGACUUGUCUGCACUGCUUCAUUAGACAAACAGUGGUGGUUCAGCCAAUGUGCUAGCUAUUGAAACUGCCACUUACAUGUCAUUUCCAAGAUCGUGCUGUUCUUGGGUGGCAGAACAGGAGUGUCUGUUUAUUUUGUGUGUGUGAUGUUUGCAGGCUAAGCACCAGCUGAUGAUUGAAUUGAAAGCACUGGUGGUUAUUGUGAGAACACUGCCGUGAGCAUUUUGGCCCCGCUCUGGCUGAGUCCCAUUGGUUCACUUGGUUGAAUGGCACAGGCUUAGGGCUGCUUCUCAGAAAAGAAUACAGGAAAUGGCCGUUGGCCAUUUAGCGAAGUGGCCUGUUUGCUUCGGUUUGUGUGAUGUGCUAUGUUUCAAGUGGUUUUCUAGAAGUGAGGGGCAAGUUCUGUCAAGGUCAUUGCGCUUGGAUAUAUGUCCCUGCAAUGAUGCAAGUCGUUAAUGCUACUGAGCUAAAAUUCAUUCAUCAAUUUGGUUUCUGUAUUUCUUUGGACAUGGUCUUGUAACUAUUGGAAGUGAAAAAACUGUGUGCUUCUGAUUUUGUAACAUCAAUGUGGUUUAGACCCUGGGAAUAAAAGGCUGUGACUGCUGGAGAUCUUUUUCUUUUAAAAGAAAAAUCUGUUUUUAACUGGCAGUUCUUUGUAUUGCAUGCAGCGAUUUGGUAUAUAAUCGUACCAUUCAUUUUAAGCUACUGGAAAAUAGCAUGCAUGCUUAAUGUCCGUGGGGACUGAACUUCUGGAUGUUCAACUCCAAUACCUGCAGAAGGGCCUGUGCUGCUGCUUGGGUUUUCUAGGGGGAGGGCAGCAGUUGGCAGCCUGUCACUGAGCCGUGGGAUGUGGAGUGCAGGCGGUGUCUGGGUGCUGGGAGGUCGGCCCGUCCUCUCGCGGGCUGCCCUGCCAUUCUAAAUACCUUCAGUGGGGGCUUCAGCGUGCUUAUUUUACAUAUAUGUUAUCUAUCUCGUGCUGUGAUCUGCACAGCUUCCCGUAGCCAGCUCUUCAGAAAAGCGAAGAGAAUUUAUGCAAGAGUUUUUGCAGUGAAAACAAAAAUGAGUAAUUCUUAUUGCAUCAAGUCAAACUAAGUGUUUCAGUGCAGAGCAUUGUAAGGAACGGUUUGAAUUCGCUUAACCUUAGCACACUGUUUUCACAACACUUGCUCCUAUUGUCAGUGUUUCCAUGGUAACUUGCUUUCUUUCAGGUUUUUCCCUUCAGGCAAUAUCAUUACUUAUUUUACAUGCAUAUGGUGUGUACGUGUAUACAUGUCAUAUCAAAAAAAUGUAAGGCAAAGCUUGCUUCUAACACUUUUACUUUUAUCAUUUCAUUUCAGUACUGAUUUUCUGGCUUUAAAGUUAGGAGGCAAGGAACUGAUCACCUGCUAAUAUUAAAUGCGCAAGAAAUUCUGAAGUGGAAUGGAUGGGGAUAUAAUGACUCCAAAUUCAUAUUCAAUAAGAAGGGUCAAGCAGAAUUCACAGGAAAGAGGUACAGAUUAGGUGGUAUGGUAUUACCAACUUUUAAAGAAUGGAUAGAAAGAACCUUUGGAGCAAGUCUGGAGCACAAAACUACCUCUAGAGCAUCUUUAAAUGUUAAUGAUGUACCUCCAUCUAUUGUAAAUGAAGAAUUUCUUCAGGAUCUCAGAGCCACUAAAAUUUCAUAUUCACAGGAUGCAGAAGAUAGGGUAUUCAGAGCUCAUGGUCACUGCCUACAUGAGAUAUUUGUACUCAGGGAAGGAAUGUUUAAGCGAAUUCCUGAUAUAGUUGUAUGGCCUGUUUGCCAUGAAGAUGUAGUUAAAAUUGUGGAAUUAGCCUGCAAACAUAAUCUCUGCAUAAUACCGUUUGGUGGGGGAACGAGUGUCUCUAGUGCCCUUGAAUGCCCUGAAGAAGAAAAAAGAACAAUUGUCUCUCUGGAUACAUCACAAAUGAAUCGGAUUCUCUGGAUAGAUGAGAAGAACUUAACAGCAUGUGUGGAAGCUGGCAUUAUUGGACAAGAUUUGGAAAAACAGCUUUCUGAAAGUGGCUUCUGUACAGGCCACGAACCGGACUCCAUGGAGUUCAGCUCACUAGGAGGAUGGGUAGCAACACGAGCAUCAGGCAUGAAGAAAAACAUCUAUGGAAACAUUGAAGAUCUGGUGAUUCAUAUAAAAAUGGUAACUCCGAGAGGAAUAGUUGAAAAAAACUGUCAAGUACCUCGCAUGUCAACAGGACCUGAUAUCCAUCACUUUAUUAUGGGAUCUGAAGGAAUUCUGGGAGUGGUUACUGAAGUUACGAUAAAGAUUCGUCCGCUUCCUGAAUACCAGAAAUACGGCUCCGUGGUCUUCCCCAACUUUGAACGAGGGGUGGCCUGCCUAAGGGAAGUGGCAAAGCAGAGAUGUGCUCCUGCAUCAAUUCGCCUUGUCGACAACGCACAGUUUCAAUUUGGUCAUGCUCUUAAACCACAAGUUGCUUCCAUUUUUACAUCAUUUUUGGAUGGACUGAAAAAAUUCUACAUCACAAAGUUCAAAGGAUUUGAUCCCAACGUACUAUGUGUAGCUACCUUGCUCUUUGAGGGUGACAGAGAGAAGGUUCUUCAGCACGAAAAACAAGUCUAUGACAUUGCCACCAAGUUUGGUGGCUUGGCAGCUGGAGAAGAUAAUGGACAGAGAGGAUAUAUGCUGACGUUUGUCAUUGCUUACCUUCGGGAUCUGGGCCUGGAUUACUAUGUAAUAGGAGAGUCGUUUGAGACAUCUGUUCCUUGGGAUAGGGUUUUAGACCUCUGCAGGAAUGUGAAGGAAAGGAUAGUAAGAGAAUGCAAAGAAAAAGGUGUUCAAUUUGCUCCCUUUUCCACCUGCAGGGUUACACAGACUUACGAUGCAGGUGCAUGUGUCUAUUUCUACUUUGCCUUUAACUACAGAGGGAUUAGUGAUCCUAUUCAUGUCUAUGAAGAAAUUGAGAGGGCUGCUAGAGAAGAAAUACUUGCCAAUGGAGGAAGUCUGUCACAUCACCAUGGAGUAGGGAAAUUGCGGAAGCGCUGGAUGAAGGAGAGUAUCUCUGAUGUUGGCCUGGGAAUGCUGAGAUCUGUUAAAGAAUAUGUGGACCCCAAUAACAUCUUUGGAAACAAAAAUCUUUUAUAAAGCCCUGCACAACACGGUGUACUGAAACUUCUUCAAAAUUACUGUUGAAAUUCCUCCAUUUUCAUUGUACUGAUAUCCCAGUAAUCAAAUAUAACAUAGCCUAAACUUGAAAACUAGUAUCUUACAUUGAUUUUUGCCAUCCCCUGCUCCCCAAUAAAGUUUAAACAUUGCUGUUAACGUUUAUGGAUUUUUACUUAUAAUGCUCUUAAACAACCCACUGGGCAAAAAGUACAUUACCAGCCAGGAAAUGCUAAUUUGAUUUUCCAAGUUUGGCUAGGCAGCACAGCUGACAAUAUUUUCAAUGCUGGAUACAGCCAGCUGUUUCUUACUAAAGCAUCCCCCUGCAAGGAGAACAAAGACUGACAACAGUGUUUUCUACAGAAGCAGCUGCUCAACCCAGCCUCUUGCUAAAGGAAAGCAGCUAGGAGACAGAUGAGAUUACACCAAGGAGUACUUCUCUGUGCUGAAGCAUUAGGUAUGUAACAGAUUUGUAACCAGCGAAUACUUAAAGCACAAAUGUAGGCUUUGAUCAAAAAAGACGAUGCAAGGUCAAACUGUUUCUAAAAACUCAGUCUCCCACCUUAAUAACUAUUGUAAAAUUGUAAACAAUUGAGCUGUUCUGAGUUGUAUUUGCAUUGCUGGGAUUAUCUUAAAUUAAUCGUAGGUCAGUCACUGUAAGUUUUGUACAAUGGACACUUCUCACUGUAUGUUAAUAACAGGUUUGUAACAAAACUUUGCCUUCAUCUGUACUGCAGUCCUAGUGUGUAUGGUUUUGCUCCUGUUUUUGUUUAUUUUGCAGAAAUGCAAAAUAUCUUUUUCAGUAAAAGAAAAAAAAAAUUUUGGCUACUCAAGUGAAACUGCCCAGCACUGUCUUUUGAAACAGUCUCAAUGGUUUAAUAAAACUGAAGUGGACAUACUAUCAUUCUGAAAGUGAGGUUUCCCUUUUUAGUUUUGUACAGUUUCCUAUGGCCUUUAUGAAUCAUUUAUCUACUUCACCAGUAGCUGCAACUUUAAUUAUCCAUUUAACUUUAAGAAAAUGAAAUAUUUUCUUGAUCACUAUGGUACGCAAGUAAGCAUUUUUACAUUGAAACUUGAAUCUUGAUCAGUAAAAACAAACUAAAAGUAUUUGUCAGUACUCAUGAUACAAUUGUAAGGUGGGUUAUUUUCUUAAAGCAUGUUAUUAACCUUUUUGAUAAUUAAUGUAUAUGAUUGCAUAAGAUUUAAAGAACAAACAAACAUGGGCUGUCCUUUGAGGACACAGUCUCUCUAGCCAACUGCUUCACAACGCUGUAGUGUCAGUUUGGACACUACGCCUUUUUUUAUUAGCAUUGCCCUUAAUGAGAUGGGGAAAAUAAAAAGUAUUUCUUGUUUUUAAACUAUUUUAGAAUACUGUUUAAUUAGCUCUUAGUUUUGGUGGUACACCAAAAAGAAUAGAAGAUGCUCAAAAAACUGCGUAUCAGACAAAACCUUGAACUUGUUUAAAAAUUAAUUUCAAUUCUGUAGCUAAAAUAAUGAAAACCCAAAGAAUAAUCAAAAAAUCACUUCAAAAUGCAUGCUGUCAAGGUACUAAGGGAGAACUUUUCAUGAUCUGCAGGGCAUAAAGUAGGUGGUUAAGGCAAUAUUUGUAAUGCAGCUAGAUUUAUUUCUGGUGGUCUAUUUCAGAACAGUUUGAUACGGUCUAGUCUUCUCUGGUUUUUUUCUUGGCCCAGAGUUUGUGUUUCAGCAGCAACCAAAAUAAUAGGUAGAGUCUGUUUUAGGGAACUGACUUUUCACACCAUGGUUAAGUAUUCCUUCAUUUAUAUGUACUCAGUAGUGUCUCAGCAGAGUGAAUCUGUUCAUGUUUAUGCAGGGGAAUUCCUCAUCUCGCAUACUGUACAAUGGUGGUUACUUGACCACCGCUGGAAUCUUGCCAGUGACUACUAUCACUAACAUGGACCCCUUUCUAUGAGUUGUUAAGUAUGAAGGGUGUUUUCUUAUGUCCCUCAAUGAAGUUAUUUGUCUAGCUGUGAAUGAAGCUAGUUUUGAAGGAAGGUGUAUGAAGCCUUUUUGUAAAAUGGUGUCAUAAACAUAACUAGAACAAGUUGUCAUGGUUCAAUAAUACCUGUCUUGAGAUUUUGACUUGAAGUACUACUCAGCCCAGACUCUUUAACUUUCUGGCUGUGGCUUUGCCAUUCCUUGCUUUGUUGAAGUUACACAGGUAAAACUUAUGUAUGCUUUCUCUUUCUAACCUUUAAGUAGCCACUGGCUGCUGAAGUUAUUUAAAAUGCAGUAAAAAUUACACAUCAGUUGUCCUGUGGGAAGGUGAGAUAACAUGUUAUAGGAGUCCCAAAGUUAUAUCGUUGCAUAACACGGAGAAGAAGAUAAACUACAAUUGUAAUGGAUGUUUUUGCUAAUGACCACCUGAUCGCUGUCUUCCUAAAUAUUUUUUCUAUCUUAGAAACUGACUUAAGCUCAGUGAAAUUACAGUUAAAAUACAUAUAGUACUGAUAUCUUUAAUUAUUUCGCAUUUAAAUCCCUAAUGAAAAUAGUGAAGCAUCAUACAAGUUCAGGAACCCAUCUACAAGAAAUUUUCCCUUUUAGUACUACGUCUUCCACUACUCCUUUCCUUCUGCAUUCUGUACUUUCUUGAUAAAGACUUGGUUUCCACUAGCUGCAGUGUGUUUGGAGAUGAAGCUUGAUCCACGCAGAUCAAAAGCGCAUCUUGGUAUAACACAUAACUUUUUCAUUUGGUUAACUAUUGGCUAUAUGUAAGUUACAGUUUUAAUUAAGAUUGUCAUGACAUCUUGUUACACGGAUUUGGUUCUCUUGGAAGAAAGAAAGGUGCUGAGUGAGUAUGGCUUGACUACUAGAUCUAUUUACAUUGGGUUAGAGCUUCCUGAAAGUUUUGAAGAAUGUCAUAAAAGAAAAAAGGAAAAUCUGUUAGAAAUUGGCACAGGCUCUACGUCAUAGUCAAACAAAAAAUGUCUCUUCUUGACUUUACUCACAAUGCGGUGGUUACAUUGGAGAUGUCAUCUUUGCCUUACAGCUGUGAGCAGAAGUCAGGCCAAAUAGUUCUUCCAUACCAAUGUCAAUUAACGUGAACCACUUUCAAAGGCAGGGAUAUGUUAGCACUGAAGUCCAGAAAACGUAAGUCACUUCUCAAAUCUUGGAAAUGUAUGUUUAUCAAAGUUGUAAUUCAACUUUUGCAAAUAAAGCCAAACAGUGUUUGUCAUUUUAGUGUGAGAUUAACUGUAAAACUUUCAGUUGUAAUGUUAAGAGAUAAUAGAACCUUAUAUUAUUAAUAAAAGCAAAAUGGGCCUAAA